AUGAGUUCCGCUCAAUUUUCCGAAUUGAAAUCAUUGCUUCAGGGCCUCGAAACAGAGGUUACCGCCCUCAACGACAUGGUACCUAGCUCCAAAAAACGCCCUGAGUCUACUGCUGCCUCCGAAAAUUGCGUACAACAAGUUGAUGCCAUCAUCAAUACUCAGACCGAGGUCAGCGUUCAUGUCGAGGCUAUCAAAAAUAAGCUCAGUGUGAUAAUCCCAGACCUCGGAUAUUUGCGAGAGGCUAUUCCGGAAAAUGCUGUGUCACCCGAUCAGUGUAACGACGUCCGCCUCUGGGCCUUGGUGAAUGAGAUUUUCAGCCCUCCAAGCCACUAA